UCCAUAAAUAUAACAAGGUGUUCUAAAAAUAGUAAUUAUGGGAUCAAUUAUAUGAACGUAAUUUAAAUGCCAAAUAAGGAUUAUUUAAACUUCACUGAUCAUAUACGGUAAAGUAUGGCUAUAUUUCUUUUUCAGAAUAUUGUCCUUAUUAUAAACGUUAUGGCUGCCACUAAAUCAAUCUAGUGCAAUAUUUGUAAACACCAUUAAUUUGUCGCAUUGUGAAGAUCUGAGUUUGUUUAUGUGACUGCGUUUUCGACUAAGGUGUACCAAUGCUUUGUAGUAACUAUACACAUCCUUGGGUGUACAUAGAAAUCGCUUAGCAAUAAACAAGCACUAUAAUUUGAAGAAAAAGAUCAGGCUUUCAUCGGGCACACUAGUACCAUGUAUCGUGUAUCGUUUCACAAAUAGUCUCCAAUAAGGGGGAGUGCAGAUGACAGCAUUUUUGUUCCCUUAUAUUUUCAAACAGCUGUCAAAAGAAGCAGAGACAUAUAAUACAAUUUAUGUCUCUGUACAAACAUUUGAUGUUUCUUGCUAUUACAACAUUACAUUUUUACAUUUAGAUGAUAGAAAUUUAUUGUGUUUUAUAUGAUUUUCAUCGCCAGAACUAGUAUAUUGGGAAUGAGCUUUUAUUAUUAUUUUUUUUUAAUAACGAAUAUUUCUACUGUAACUCGUGUCAUUACGUGUCACGUGAUACAGGUAGAUCAAUAUAGUAUCAUAGUGUCGUUUUUUUUCUAUCGUUACCGAGAAUUGUCAGUCAAUAUAAAUACUCUGGUUAUGUAUAAUACAUUGAAUAUUUUCAAAGAGAUUGCAGAAGGACGUCAAAUAUGCAUGAAUGAAGUAGUUGUGCAAUACCAAAAUCGCUGAUCCAGGUAAUAAAAUCGUAGCUAUUUAAAGACGUUACACAAGUACUUCUUUAUAUUCGGAGAGGAAGUGUAGAACAGAACAGACCUUUCUAGCCUGUACCAAUAUGGACAGAAAAGCUAUCCAAAAGCAGCUGACUGAAAAUGGGUUCUGUGUAGUUCCAAAUGUUGUACCCGAGGAGAAUUGUAACGAAUAUUUACAAACCUUCAAAAAGUGGUAUGCAAGCGUCAAAGAAGAUGGACAACGGAUGCGUACUUGGAAGUCAAUUAUUAAGACACAUAGGAUUGGGCACUUUGAAGCAACAUGGAAAUGUCGCUUACAGAGCAAACCUGUCUUUGAAAAGAUAUGGGGAACGGAGAAACUAUUGACCAGUGUAGAUGCCGUAGCACUCACACCUCCUGCUGAGAAAGAUGGACAGUUCCGAGAACCUGGUGGAUGUUGGUUACAUCUUGAUCAAAGCGUAAAAAGACUUGGAAAUCAUGCUUAUCAAGGAGCUGUUUAUGUAGAGGAGACAACGAAGCAAGACUACUGUUUCCGUGUCUUGAAAAACUCUCAUGCACAUCAUUCAGCAUUCUUCAAGAAAUUUCCCAAAGCUGCUGACAAAACCAGACAAUAUGAAUUUUUCAAACUAAACAAAACUCAGCGCAAAUGGUAUGAAGACCAAGGAUGUCCGUUGACGUAUGUUCCUGUUCCGAAAGGUGGCAUGGUUCUUUGGGAUUCUCGUACAGUACACGAUACAGAUCCACCGGAAGUCGGACGUCCAAAAGCAGAUAAAUGGAGAUGUGUUGUUUUUGUAAGCAUGACGCCUGCCUUUUGGGCCGACGAAUCUUGUCAUGAAUUCAAGCAAGGCGUUUAUGAAAAAUUGCAACUUACAACACAUUGGUCAUCUCAGGGACAGAAAGCCUUUGUUAAUUAUAAACCGAAGAAACGCAAAAGUGAUGGUGCAUUUAUUGAUGAACAGUCGAUCGAAGAGCUCCCUCCGGUAGCCAAAACAGUGCAAGUGAAAUUACUAAUGGGCGUUGAAAAGUACAACUUUGAUGACGGUAAACCAAAUGGACCUCCUGCUCCAACUUGGAUACCAUAGACUAUGGACUUUUUUUGGUGCCAUAUCAACUUUGAUACCAUAGACUACGGACUUUGUUUGUGUCAUAUCAACUUGGGUACCAUAGACUAUGGACCAUUUCUCGUGUCAUAUCCAGCUGACUGCUGUUUAUAAAAUUAAUACAAAUGUAUAUCAUGUUUAAAUGCACUUUGUUUAAAACAAGCAUAAAAUAUUUAUGUGCUAAAAUGCUCCACCUAUUUUGUAGAAAUACAUAUGUUCACUUUAUCGUUAAACUUGUCUUACUAAAUGCAAUGAAACAAACAAAUUGUUUGGUUACUGAAUUUUGAAGUAAUCACCUCAAAAACAAGUAUUUUCUCUGCUCAAAGUCCAUCAAGCAAAAACAAAAUAAAGUCUAUUGUUACACAAACUAUUUCAACGCCCCCCCCCCCUCCCCACCCACCCCCCCCCCCCCCCUUUCCAACCCAAAUUGUAAAAGCCAUUCCGCAAUCUUUCAAAUUCAUUCCCCAUGUACCGCACAUAAAUUCAUUAUUUGAAACUUAUUAAAAAUGAUAUAUAACAACGAGGUAGUAUUUUAUUGUUAAAUGUAUAGAAUUGUAAAUAUUAUGUGUGAAAAUCAUUAUCUUGGUUCUUUGUAUUUUAUGUAUUGAGUUUGGGAUUAUUAAAAUGCAAUCGUUUAUCUG